UUCGGGAACGGGGUCGUAGGGGGCAGUUACGGUGUACAACGAAAACAGAUCACACGCAGACGCGGACCCGCGAGACUUUUCACUGAUCGCGUAACGCUCUUCCCCUACUUCCUUGUUCGUUGCUACUCUCAGUCGUGUUUACGCAUCUACCCAUGAUAUUUUUGGGACUAGACAAGCAUCGUUCAUGGUGUAUGGUACGUCGUGUUUAGAGAUUGUGAGGAUCUUCAAGAUCGUGGAUCUAUUGUGGGACUUUCUCUCUGGAGUACAAAAGAGAAGUAGAAAGAUGGACGUGAAUAUUGAGAGGGAAUGCAGCGCCCUGGGCGGCCUCUUUCAGCAAAUCGUCAACGAUAUGAAGAAUGGAGCUCCAUUAUGGGAAGAUUUAAUCUCCAAGGCAACAAAGUUACACACGUGUCUCAGAGCUGCAAUAUUGGCGAUUUCGGCGUAUCUCGAAGCUUUUCAGAAGAUUGCCGACGCGGCCACCAAUGCUCGAGGAGCAACAAAGGAAAUUGGAACGGCACUAACAAGGAUAUGUCUUCGUCAUAAGGCAGUGGAAACUCGUAUGAAAUCUUUUACCAGCGCAAUUAUGGAUUGCUUGGUAAUGCCACUUCAAGAGAAACUGGAGGAUUGGAAGAAAUCGCUUAUCAAUUUGGACAAAGAGCACGCUAAGGAGUACAAAAAGGCAAGGGCGGAGCUAAAGAAACGUUCUACGGACACUCUACGACUGCAGAAGAAGAAAGCUCGCAAGGGUCAGGCACAGAUUUACGGGCAGAUUCAGGGUCAAGGUCAUAUAACGUGUACGAGCGAUGCCGAGCUCACCAGGCUUUUGGAGUCUUCGGCAGCAGUUGUCCAGGAGAAACGUCUUAGCCUGGAGGAGACCGAAAGAAAAGCAGUACGCGCUGCGCUUCUUGAGGAACGUGGAAGAUUUUGCCUACUUGCACGAUUUCUGAAACCAGUACUUGAUGAAGAGAUUGCGAUGCUUAUGGAAUUGACGCAUCUCCAGGAAGUUUCUGAUCAAUUACAAAGACACGCUGCAUCACCGAAUCAUCUGCCACCUGCUUCGGAGCAAGUAAUUACUGACAUCAAAGGAUGCGACGCGGCCCAAUGGUCCUUGGCUACACCACCCUCUAGCCCUUCUUUGUCCCUGGGAUCACGAAAAAGCUCCAUGUGUUCUAUUAGCUCUCUUACAAGUAGCAGCAGUGGAUCUUGCAAGAGUCAUCCAAGUCCAUCUGGUCAUCCAUGGCACAGAUCUCUGUCCCAGCCGGUUGGUGUCAGGCCCUCCACCGUCAGCAGCAUGAUGACUCUUCGUCAUUUAACUGGCAGCAGCUCCCGUGACUCUGGGUUUACUUCUCAGGAUACUCUGUACACUCAACCAAUUUCUGAGCACCAGGUAUCAAAUGCCUCUUCGCACAGCAAUCAGAGUACGGGAUGCACCAUUACUAGACCCAUUACUACUUCCACAUGGCCUGAUCUUCAGGAAACAUCGGUUCAGUUUGAUAGGAAGAGUCAGAGUACUGUCAAUGAACGACCUCACACAAUUUCUUCUGCAUACGAGAAAGGGCAUCAUAGACCAGCACUCAGCGUAUAUACAUUUCAAGCACCUGAUAGAGAUGUUAGUGGCUGUUGUCAUAGUCAACCAGCGUCGCCCGUAUCAUCAUCCUCAUCAUGUUCCUCGUCAAAUCAACAAUUGACUCGAAUACAGUUACGUAGGAAUAACGGCGGCAACAAACCACCUAUUCCUAGUCGUUGUUCCAGCUUGGAACGGCCAAACGUUCCAGCAAAGACUGAGAUACCUGGAAGUCUUAGGGGGAAACCGAAGCUUCCUUUGCGUGCACAUUUAGCAAAAGAGUUAGCAUCACAUCAACAUCAGCAACCAAUGUACGUGAACAUGCACGAAUUGGCAAGUUUGGCAGCUAGUCGAGCUCAAGAAAUGCAGCUACCACUACCCCCUCCACCGAGUAACGCACCAGGGCCAACAGCCGACAAGACUGACAGUACUGAAAAGGAUGGCGGAAGCUUAACAUCCGAAUCAAGCUUAGAGUCUAGCAGUGGUUAUGGAAGUCAGACGACACUUCCACAUUCUCAUUCUGUACAUAAUCAAAGUGAUGCCAGCUGGAACGCAGCUCCGUCUUCCCUUUUAUCGCGUAGAGGAUCGAUGCAACAGGCAACAAGACCUGCGCCUCCAGUAAGGCGUACUUCAACUAUAAUCGGGGGCACCUACAAUAAUGCUCUUCCAAAUCCCAAUGAGGAACAUAGUAGUGAAACUGCUUGUAACGAGGUUGAAAAUCUUCCACCACCUCCUGCAUUUUUAUUGGAAGGAUCUUCCCCCACAGCCAGUCCGACGCAGCAAAGGUCAAUAUCCGUAUCGGAAACCGUGCGAACCUUAACGGAAUUACGUCACACUCCGGCGAGUCCGUCUCUUCUACGUAAAUGUACAAGUUCCCAGCAAUAUGGAAAUCAAACUAGUACUACCACCCAACACAAUACAGUUCUGCAGAUAACCCGUUGCACCGUUGAACGCUCUAGUUCGUCAUCAACACGAUCGAAUUCUCAGGAUCGCAUAUCUUCUGGUGGUUCUGCCGGGUGUGGUAUAAAUCAAGGACAAGGUCCGGGUGGUGUUGGCCAAAGUUUCAUGGCUGUUCUGAGUGCCAAAUUAAUAAGCAGCUCGUCGACCUCUAGCACUGCCAAUAAUCCUGUUGGAAAUAGCCCGAAGUGCUCUAGGAAAUAUUCUGCUGAACAACAACAGCAACAACAACAAUCCAACAGGAACUCAAAAACGUCCACUGGAUUUUUAGAAACAUUGAAUGCUAAACUUGCUCAUCAACAGCAAAGUAGCAACAAUGCAAGUAGAUCUGCCAGUGUAAGACGUAUCAUGGGGAACAGAGUUCCUAUAGUAGAUCCACUUCAAGUCAGAGAUUCUUUAAUGGACCAGAUACGUCGUGGAACAUCUCUUCGUAAAACAACUGGACCCAUCAACGAUCGUUCCGCGCCUAAGAUUUACUGAGCUUCGACGACAAGAGCUACCAUAUUGAGAGCUUGCAAGUUCUUGGAUUAUUUACAAUGCCUCGUGUCAGAUUUAAAAAAUCCUCAUAGAAUAUGGAUAAUUAUCCUCUGCCCAGAUAUGUUGAUAAAUGUGAAUUAACAGCAUCAACUGAAUAAAAACACGUCUCACAAUUGGCUUUGAAGAGCGGGACGUUAAAAAUGAAUCAUAAAAACGACAACGCAUAUAUUUCCAGUGAUUUUUUAUAGUCUCCCGAAAGUAUUAGGGGUGUCGCGACAAAGUAAAAAUUUCGAAAUUAUAGGAAGUUAUUGUCCCGCGUAAUACUGGCGUUUUGCCAUUCGCAUUCGUUUGUAAAGCGCACAAGACGGAUUAUGGAUCUUUUUUCUGGCGUAUUCAUCCACCUCUUUACGCACUAUCUACACGCAGAUGAUCUAAUGAGUCUAAAAAUGGACGAUAACAUUUUUCGUAUGAUAACAGAGAUAAAGUGUUUAGCGUUAACUUUUUUUAAAUCGUUGGUAAGAGUAUUAUAGAGCGUCGCGCGUGUACGAAGUUUUUCUUCUUUAUUUUCUUUGUGUUUCUAAGAUAAAUAGUAAAAAUGUAAUGGCGUAACGUUGGUCACAUUAAGAUUGUGGGAGCUAUGCUUUUUGCCGUUCAGAGGUAUAUCAAUUUUAAAUAUUGACUUUUUCUUUUCUAUUUUAUUAAUAUUUUACGGAUUUUUUCCUCCCACUCUUGGGAUAAUAUUGAAUAAAAAAAUGAUGAACCACAGAACGCUUAUGCGCCAAUAAUAUCAAUUCUGCUAUUUUCUCUGGAAAUAGAAGUCAUUGAGAUUCUUGUCUUGUACCCGAUUAUUUCCAUAACGAUAUAAUUCUAUAAUAAUUUUUGAUAACUCUCGGUCUUGAAAUUCUUAAGUAUUUAUUUGUCUCAAGAUAAAACAUAUUACAGCCGGGACAUAUGCACACGGCGAAUAAAAUGUAAUAACGAGGAAUAAUGCCGCUUUUCACCUUGCGUACCUACGUUCCUUUCGUUCACGGGUGUCCAGGAGCCAUAGUUAAAAUCUUGCAAAGUAUAUUGGUGUAUAGCCUAUACAGCAAGUAAUGUCAUAAUAUUUUUUAUUUAAUAUAUACUAGCAAUUUAAUAAUAUUGAGUGAGGCGAGAGAUAGACAUGCUCGAACUUUGCGAGAAUGAUUCCAGAUAAUAACGAUCCACGUGUCUAUCGUUGCUGUCGUUAAUUUCAGGACAGAAAACUAAAUAUACAGCAGAAACGUAUACACAAUUGUAAUUUAUAACAGAUAAAACUGAAUCUCAACAAUCGAUAGACAUUCGAUCAAAUAUUACAAUAGCUACUGGUAAUAACCCUAAUACCACUGUAAUAAAACAAUAUUUAAUGUAGUUACCGUCUGAAGAUGAUUGUUAAUUUGUCAUAAUUAUUGCAGUAGCAGUGGAAAAAUUUGAAGAUAAUAAAUAACGAUACGAUA